CUUGUUGGCUUUGCAUCAUUAAAUGAUUUCAUAUAAAGGGUUUAUGCUCGUCUUGUGGGAAGAUCAAAACAAGUAACUUAGGUGAGUUGAAAGUAGGUCAAGAAAAUUAGUAGAGAUUAAUUCCACUAAUAAUCAGAUUCACAGGUCGAGUUUAUAUCUAUACGCAGGAAUUGAUUCUGCAGUUGUAAAAAUGACCCUGACAAAAGAGUUCAUGCUUUACAAAUUGUAAUGCACCUUUCUAACAAACACGUUUAAAAACGAAAACAAGCGCAUAUAAGUCGUGUGAUCAAAGAAUAUAUCAAAAGCCGAUAAGUGCAACAUCCAUGUUCAUGGCAGACUUCAUUUAUUUUUAACUCAGGUUCAAAUGGCUUCCAUUACUACAAAGCCGAGCAAAUCCCUUUCUACGAGCAUAGCAAAACUUCAUUGCUCAGGACGGCAGAUUAGAUGCUCCAAAAUAUUUCAUUCCUUCAAUUAUAAUUUGAAGAUUCAUGUAGGGUUUUGCUCCUAUAAAAACCGUUCAUUAAAUGUCAUUCAUAAAGGCAAUGCCAUUCAAUUGUUUCACAUUCAUAGAGCCAAAGAUCAGCCAGAGGGUUCUGCAUUAAGCUAUCGAUGUGCUGCAAGUGGUCCUAAUUGCGAAAUUCCAACUAGUUCUGAACACGGGUUUGACAGUCAUCAAGGUAGGUUGCUAAAGAAUGUGGGCAUAGUUGGUUUGGCAACAACUAUAAGCAAGAUUUUGGGAUUGCUUCGAGAAACAGUUUUAGCAGCAACAUUUGGGAUAGGACCUGUGGUUACUGCAUUCAACUAUGCUUUAAUUAUACCCAGCUUUUUCAUUUCACUUCUUGGUGGCACGAAUGGUCCACUUCACACAACAAUUACAGCUGCCUUAAGUAAGCGUUCCACCAUGGAUGGGAAACGACUUAUUGAGAAGAUUAAUGCAAUUGUAUUUCUGGCCAGUGCUGCUUUGGGCAUUGCUGUUUUCAUUUUUGCAGACACAAUCAUUCAUCUUGCAGCUCCUGGACUCUCAGCAGUUGGAGGAAAUCAUGGAGAUUUGAUUAGAUACAUGGCUACCAUUCAGCUAAAGAUUAUGACCCCAUGCAUUCUAUUUGCUGGACCUCUGGGUGUUGGAUUCGGGUGCCUCAAUUCUACUGGGAAUUAUCACAUUCCCUCAUUGAUUCCAUCACUUUCAAGCAUGGCAAUUAUUUUUGCUAUUGCUAUACAUUUUUUAAGGUGCAAGGCCAAUGCAUGUGCAUCACAGACUUCCUUUUCUGGUGCCAUUCUUUUAGCAUCUGGGGCUUCUGUUGGAGCUUUACUACAGUGGCUAGUGCAGGCAUAUUUUCAGCGAGAAGCUGGUUUUAGUGUACUGAGGACAUUAUGGACAAAUCCCUUUAUUGAUGCUGACAUGCGUGAGCUUUUUGCAGUGGUACUGCCAGCAAUUGUUGGAUCAGGCAUGUUCCAAAUUGCUACAUUUACAGAUCUGUAUUUUGCAUCUUUCAUUCCAGGUGCUACUGCAAGUAUUUCUUAUGCAAAUCUCUUAGCCAUGGCUCCAUUGGGCAUACUUUCUAGUUCUAUACUGCUGCCACUUUUGCCUAUUUUAUCUCAGCUUUCAAAGCCAAGCUUGUGGCCAAGAUUAAAGGAGCGACUGAAACAAGGAGUUCUAUUGUGCAUGGUUGUCACACUUCCUCUAAUUGCAGUUAUACUCACACUAGCAAAGCCAAUUGUUGAAGUUGUAUUUCAAAGGUUUGCCUUCGAUGCACAUGCAACAGCAUCAGUUUCAUCUCUUUUAAUUUGUUAUAUUUUAGGCUCUCCCUUCUAUCUAGUGCGGGACCUGCUUAUCAGGGUGUUCUAUGCUCUUGACAAUGGCAAGUCACCAUUUCAAAUCAGUGUUGCUGCAAUUAUUCUGAAUGCUUUUUUGGACUGGCUAUUCAUCUCAAAGAUGGGCUUUGGUGCUGAAGGUUUGGUUAUUGCAACAUCAUUAGUAACUGUUGUUUCAAUGGCCAUACUCAUGGGUUUGCUCUCCAACAAAAUUCGGGGGCUGAAUUUGAAAGAAUGGAUUACACCAUCCCUUUUACUUGUUGCAUCUUGUGUCUUAUCCACGAUAAUUACUGCAUCAGUUCAUGCAAGGCUAUAUGCUUUUUUUUCUCAUAUAUUAUCAGCAAGGGCUUAUUGGAUAUCGCAGUUGCUUUCAAUAUUGCUGGCUAGUAGCAUGGGUGUCUUGAGUUUUUUGUUUCCUCUCUGGUGGCUUCAAUUACAAGGAUUGCAGAUUAUGAGGAGACUAAAUUAUAGAGAUUAGUUGCCUCAUUCUUAGAAAUUUAUCAUUUAGUACCAUUCUGUUGGCUUUUUGGUUCUCUCCUUUUGAGGUUCUAAACUAGUGCUUCUGAUAUUCUUCUUUGGCUUCUUCUAAAGCUACAUGAGUUAUUCUGAUCUUUUCUAUCUGCACAUUAGUAUUGUAACAUAUUGUACUUUUUUGAAUGGUCAAAACUUUCAAGUUAUUAUCUGCCCAUCUCAACAUUUUCUCUUUGCUUUGAUAACAAAGCAUUAGAUGGUAUUUAGCAAACAGGAAUAGUAGCUAGGCAUUUCUUCUCUUUUUUGAGCUUGCUUAUAUCUCUUCAUAUUUUCAUGUGAAGUAAAAUCACAAGAAAAUGCAAAGAUAGCGUAGUUUCCAAACAUUUAUUGACCUAAUAUAUUCUAUACAAGUUUGGCAAGGAGUUCCUUUACAUUGGCUAUAAGCACCUACAACUUAAAUGAGCUACAAAAGUUCUAUAGAUCACAACAAUAGAGCUUGCAUAUUUAUAAAUGUUUAUUAAAAAAAUGCUUCUACAUUUCAAGGGGUGGUUUCCCAGGUUUAGUGAAGUGUGAUGCAUACUUCUUAAUGUUGUAUUUAUCACAUCUGAUUACGAUGCCACAUCAUAAGAGCUAAGUUGUGUAUGCAUUAAGUAUUGAAAUUUUGUAUAAAGAAUCUUUUGGACUUAUCUGAUUUUGAUGCCAUACAUAAGAGUUGUAUAUGCUUGUAAGUAUUGAAAUUUUGUAUAAUAGAUUCCUUUGUACUGAACCUGGAUUCUAACUUAAGUUCGUACUUGAAAAUUUGAGGAACUCAUUUCUGCU